AUGACGGCCAUGGCUAUGGCCAGCAACGUGCAGAAACUUUCCAACACCAAAGAGGAAAGGAAGUUAAGAAAGCCGCUCAUUGAACGAAAGAGAAGGGAAAGGAUUAACAACUGCUUGGAUCAGCUGAAGGAAACAGUUGUUGGUGCAUUUCAUCUAGAUCAGUCUAAACUGGAAAAAGCUGAUAUCCUUGAAAUGACAGUAAAACAUCUCCAGAAUAUCCAAAACAAUAAAAUCAUGGUGGAUUCCAAAAUGGGUUUUGAAGCUCAGCAGAGGUAUAGCACUGGAUAUAUUCAGUGUAUGCACGAGGUUCACAAUCUUCUCCUGACCUGUGAAUGGAUGGACAAGACACUUGGGGCACGUUUAUUAAACCAUCUGCUGAAAUCCUUACCCAGAUCCAGUGAGGAAACCUGCAAAGCAGCCUUAAGGUCUUCAACACCAGUGCAGCAAUCUCCUGCAGCCCAGAAAUCCCCUGUGGGUGCAAAGGGGAACACUCCCACAUGCAGUCUAUCUCAAGAGCAGUUCUACCCUGCAGAGGACAAACAGGCUUUGAAAAAUUCAGUCCGGGCACCGGCACUCACUCUCUUUAGUCAGCCUGAUAUGUUGCCUCCCAGACAGAUCCUGCAGCCAAAUUUUUCACACAAUAACCCUAGUAUGGGGUCAUCAGACAUGUGGAGACCAUGGUAA